GUACACCAAAGUUGAGUUCUUUUCACGGAAUUUUUGUACGACACUCACGUACAAUUUCGAACACGCGAUAACAAGCUUCUUCGUAACUACGGACACACUGCUUUCUGUUUAUAUGGAAUUUUAAUUUAAAACAUUUUAGUCAUGCUGCUUUCAACAUCUUCAAAAAUUCAGGUAAUUCUUUUCCAAUAGGGUUUCAAAAAACUGUUGUAACUUAUGAGUUUUUAUCUCCAAAACGAGCAAAUCUUGGCUGAAAUAUCACUAAUCGGACUUGAAACUCAAAUGUUCUUCUGAUCUAUUUUGGCAAAAUAAAUAAUCGAGCUAAAUGCUCUGAAUUAGCUGAAAUAGCGCAAUUUGGUUUUAAAAUCACAGUUUUGUGGUUUGCUUUAUUCUUUGAUGAAAUCUCUUCGAUAAAUGAGCUUCUGUUUGAAAUUGACUAAAAUGCCGCAAAUGAGUUUUUAGCGCAAAAACCAGCCAAGUCGUUUUAGAAUUAGUGCAGUUCAGACCUCCGUAAAAUUUAAGUGUUUCAAAAUUUCUUGAAAUAAAUAAUUUUCUAACUCAAAAACGUGCUAAAUUUCUUAUAAUUGGCUAAAAUAGCGAUAAGUUCAGUUGUUAUCGAGUAAUGUUUUUCCGUUUUUUCAAUGAAUCAAAAGGUCAAGCUUACCGACUCAGUGUUUGCUUCAGUUUAUAACUUCGUAUCAGCAACAAAAAAUGUCUACUUUUACACGAAUAAUAUUGUUUGUUUUAAUUUUUGAAAAAUGUAAUUGUGAGUGUGCUCAAACCUACAUGACUGUUUGUGAUAAAGUGGAAGAUAUCUUUGAACGCAACGUAUGUAGGGACGCAAAAGCAACAAUUUGUACCGAUUUGUUAGUAAAAUCUGAAGCUCCCCGAGAACUUGUGCAGUUAGAUUUGAAGGGCCUUUAUGGCAGUCUUUGUCGCUACGAUUUGAAAAAUUUAAUAAUCGUAGGUCAGUUUAUAGCAGAUACCAUUUCCACUGACUGCGCCAAUGUUUGUCUCUUUGAUUUAGAAAAUUUGAGUUUUUACAAUAAUAUAAUUAAGGAAGUAACACGAAUUUCGUUCCCAGCCACAAAUGGAUUACGAAAAUUAUCUCUGGUUCGAAAUAGCAUUGAAAUUGUGUACCCUUCGAGUUUUUCACUGUUGCAUGUUAAGAAUAUCGACUUGUCCCACAACAACAUCAACGCCAUAGAAGAAGGAACAUUUAAUUAUUCAUCGCUUUUAGUGAUUACUUUGAAACAUAACAAGCUUACAUUCAUCCACUCUGGAAGUUUUGGUGUAAACUUGGAACUUCUUGAUUUGAGUUACAACAAUUUGGCAACGAUCAAAGAACAAGUUUUUGCUAACACAGAAAACAUCCGGGAAUUGAUAUUGUCACAUAAUCAAUUACGGGAAGUUCCAAAUAUAAGUACGAUGAAGAAUUUACAAGCACUGGCUCUCUCAAAUAAUGAGAUCAGAACGAUUCAAGUUGCAACAUUUGCUAAUCUUCAAGAUUUGAGACUGAUUGAUUUAAGUCACAACAAAUUAGUUACAGCCACUCCAGUUUUGAAUCUUUUUGUUAAUAAAGUCUAUAUGUGGGCAAUUUCACUGGCUUUCAACAACUUAAAAAACAUUGAAGAUAGUGUUUUCCGUAAUGUAACUACAGGAUAUCUGAUGCUAUUCGGAAAUCCAUGGAUGUGUAAUCAAUGGAUGCGAGUGGAAAAGUUAUUGAUAAUUCAUGGUAUCAAAAGAGUCUCUUGUGAUUUUAGUUUAUUCGGUUGUGGGUCUUUACCGCAUUGCAUUUCUGACUUUGUUAAAGAUAGUGAAGUGAAGUCUGCAACACAACAUUUCCUUGAUGCUGUUUCACGAAAACAUGACUUGUUGUCAGAGUGUUACAUAGACAUUCAUUCCGAAUUGUAUGACUUACUACACCCUUAUGGCUUCGAUUACAUGUGUCUAGAUUAAAGUUUUCUCUUUUUUAAUAAAGAAGUUUUACCUUG